AUGUCCGGGCGUGGUAAAGGAGGAAAAGUUAAAGGCAAGGCAAAAUCCCGUUCAAGCCGUGCAGGACUUCAGUUUCCAGUCGGAAGGAUCCACCGUUUGUUGAGGAAAGGAAACUACGCCGAAAGAGUAGGAGCCGGCGCUCCCGUAUACUUGGCCGCCGUCAUGGAAUAUUUGGCCGCCGAAGUACUCGAACUGGCAGGAAAUGCAGCCAGGGACAACAAGAAGACUCGUAUCAUUCCGAGACAUCUUCAAUUGGCCAUAAGAAACGACGAGGAAUUGAACAAACUCUUGUCAGGAGUGACCAUCGCACAGGGUGGUGUGCUGCCAAACAUCCAAGCUGUCCUUUUGCCCAAAAAGACAGACAAUAAGGCCAAGUAA